CUUUCUUUCUCUGCAGAAUUUUCUUACCUCUCUCUACCUACAAUCGCGCCCGCUUGAUCUCAAAGAAUGGCAUGGUUCUUUCACUCCCCACAAAUUUCGCUAUCUGCUAGUGGAGCGUCCACUGUCCCCAGUGAAUAUCGAUUGAGAAAUUCCGUGCCCAUGUCACACUCCAACUUUGCUUAGAAUUGAGAAAAAAACUUCGAGGUUGAUUGAAAUGAUGGGUACCAAAAACUUGCUUACGCUCAAAGCCCAUUUUGAUUUCGAUACCUAGCUUUUUCUAAAUGAAUUUGUGUACGGGACCAUGACGAGCGUUAUGGGUUCUGUAUGGGUUUCUGUCUGCAACUAUGUGCUCUAUGUUUUUGGAUUAAUGAUCAGAUUCAUAUUCAGAUCUCAGGCAAAUGGUUCGAAAAGCGACUAUGGUUGUUGUGUCAUUCCUUUCCGACCAGACGAUCAAACUGGUUCAAGGGAUUCGGAUAUUGAUGGUUUCAGAGAAGAAGAGGUUGGUUUUAGCUUACGGAAUAGUAAAAAUGGCAAUAAAAGCUACGGAGAAAGAGAAAAUUUUAGGUCCGCUACGGCUGCCAGCUUUAGUAAGUAUGAGUUUUUGUCUGGGAAAGAUAUUGGUGGAUUCUUGGAAGGACCAAAAGCCACGAGUUUCAGCAUCCAAGAAUUGUAUGCGGGUUCGAAUGAUUAUACUGUUUGCAACGAUCAAAUUCUCCUUUCUGGGAUUUUUGCCGGCAAGGAUUGUGAAACGCUUAAUUCAGAAGAAGAGGCUGUUGGUCAACUGAAAACAGGGGACUCUGUUGAAAGCUUUGGUAUUGGAAAGGCUUUAGAGAAAGAAGAACAGAACAUAUUCACUGAAGAUAGGAAGUACGAGUUUUUGUCGGGGAAAGGUAUUGGCGGAUUUUUGGAAGGACCAAAAGCCGUGAGUUUCAGCGUUCAAGAAUUGUAUGCGGGUUCGAAUGAUCAUACUGUUUGCAACGAUCAAAUUCUCAUUUUUGCCGACAAGGAUUGUGAAACGUUUAAUUCAGAAGAAGAGGGUGUUGGUCAACUAAAAACAGAGGACUCUGUUGCAAGCUUUGGUAUUGGACAGGCUUUAGAGAAAGCAGAACCGAACACAUUCACUGAAGACGGGAUUUCCGAGGAGGGAGAGAUAAUUGGCUCAGAAGUAAAUUGUCUGGGUAAGGAUGAUUCUGUGGAUGAGGCUGAAUCGGUUUCAGAAGUUUGCUCACUACAGUUUUGUUUAGAACCGGAGUCAAUUUGUUCAAGCGGAGAGUUGUCGGAUAGUGAUCACAUAAUUGAUUCAAUUACCCGUAAGUUUUUGGCUUGUAAAAAAGUCGGUGAACAAAUGGAAUCUGAAGCCCUUUUGGGCAAUGGUGGUGAAGAAGUACAAGAAAUUCCAAGUUUUGAGAAUGUUAAAGAACUUUCAGAUUGUGAAAGUCUUUCGGGUCCUGAAGAAACUGGCGCGAAAGAUCAGUCAGAUGAUUCUGAUGAAGAAUAUAUAGAAUUAGAACCCCAUUUGCAGAAUUUAAGCAGCUUGGAAGCGAAAGCUUUGUCUGGCAAAGUUAAGAGCAAACGUGAAGUAGAAGAUUUAGUCCAAGAAUAUUUAGAACCCGAAAUUGUUUUGGAAGAAUCUGAAGGAACUGACUUGCAGAAGAAACCACCCGAAUCAAGUUCUGAUUACCAAGAUGACUUGGAUUUCCUAUGGGAGCACCGGGAUGUAAUAGAACAGCUGAAGAUGGAACUGAGAAAUGCGAGAGCUGGGGGACUUCCUACUAUUUUAGAAGAAGAAGAAGAAGAGCCAGAGUCUCCAGCAAUCGUUCAACGCCUAAAGCCACUGAAGAUUGAUGAAAAGUUCGAGUUCAAAGAUCGAAUGGAAGAGGUCCAAAAGGUUUACAAAAGCUACGCAGAAAAAAUGCGAAAACUGGAUAUGCUGAACAGCCAGACCAUGCAUGCAAUUGGAUUUCUCCAGCUGAAGGACCCAGUUAAAUCAAUUUCAAUGCAGAAACCUUCAGCUUCAGCUGCUAAGUCUCUUCCACAUAACAUAUGGUCACGUAAAGCACGAAGGGUCAUGGCUGACCCAAUGCAGAAAUUCAUUGGAGAAUUGCGAAGGGACUUGGAAUUGGUUUAUGUAGGACAGGUUUGCCUUUCUUGGGAAAUACUCCGUUGGCAGUAUGCGAAAGCCCAAGAACUGCAGGAAUACGACUCUCAAGGUUUUCAUUGGUACAAUCAAGUUGCCGGUGAAUUUCAACUGUUUCAAGUUCUGGUGCAAAGAUUUGUGGAAAACGAAGCAUUUCAAGGCCCCAGAGUGCAAAACUAUGUCAAUAAUCGAUGUGUUCUUCGUUACCUCCUUCAAGUUCCAGCCAUUAGAGAUGACUGCUUGAAGGAUAAGAAGGUAAGAAGGGAUGAGGAUCAGGAAGAUGCAGUUUCAAGUUGCAUGAUAGCAAAAAUCAUUGAGGAAUCAAUGCGGGUGUUUUGGGUAUUUCUUCGUGCUGAUAAAGAUGAAGGGAAUGUGAUCCUCAAUGGCCCUUGGCAAAAUCGUGUCAGUCUCCAAAAUGAUGCAGAUUUGGGGUUCCUGAUGGACAUUCGAGCUGAUCUUCAGAAGAAGGAGAAAAAACUUAGGGACAUAUUGAGAAGCGGAAAUUGCAUGAUAAAGAGGUUUCAAAAGCAUCAACAAAAUGAUCAUCUACCGGACAGUUCCCUACUCUUUGCUCAGGUUGAACUGAAACUGGUUUCAAGAGUGCUAAAUAUGUCGAGAUUAACCACUGACCAAUUAGUCUGGUGUCGUGUAAAAUUAGGGCAGAUUAACUUUAUUCACAGAAAGAUUCACGUGGAACCCUCUUUUCUUCUCUUUCCAUGUUGACAACUACUGCCGCCGACAUUUCUUUUGAGCUGUACAGAAACAUCUUGGUUACAGAGUUAUAGCAACAGAAAAAGAAAGUAGCAUUGGACUAGACUUUCUUGGUAAAUAAAUUAUACAACCUUGUAUACACACUUGUGUACUGCUGAAUGCUGAUUCAAUAGGGAAGGUUUAUACAUUACUCGGAUCUCUUUCUUA